AUGUUCUUUCUGACAUUCAUAGUUCCCGUGAUACUAGCAGGCGUGAUCCGAUGCAACACAUGUUCACGACCAUUUUCCCAUAGUACGGCGUUCAAGGCACACACCAAACCAGGCACACGGUGCGAGCAUGCGGAACCGUCGCGGGAUGAUGAUCAGCUUAGGAGUCCCGACGCAACUCCAGCCAAGGCGCCUUCUGACGAUAUUGACCCCGCAGAUCGUGAACGAGCUAAUACACCGUUUAGUGAGGGGUUGCGGCCCGACGCGCGUACAGACGAGAGGGUGACUCAGGAAACGGUGGAGAGCCUCGCGACAGCCUUCGAUUCCAGGAGAGAGCUGUACCGCUUCGUGAAAUCGUGUCGGAACGGGGCUGGGCUUACCGAGGAAGUGAAAUCUCUUCUCCGUGUCUUGAACCAUCCUCAGUUCAACCGUGCUGAAAUUUCAGGAUGGAAGGGCGCACGGGAUCUGGACAAGUACGCAGAGGAAGUGAUUGGUAAGCACCAUGGGACGUGGCGGAAACGGAUGGUGCAGGUGGAAGGCAUGGAUGAGCCAGUUGAGCUCGAGUACUGUGACACUCUACAGGCACUCAAAAGCAUUUUUGGGAACGCAAGCAACAGCGCUGGCUUCCAGUUGAGACUGCGGGUCGAAUUCGACAAAGACAAGAAACGGGUGUACUCGACGCCCGAAACCGCGUUAUGGUGGUCACGUGCUCAGAGGGCGCUGCCCAACAAGGAGGGUGUUGUAGCGGCACUCAUCGCCUCCAGCGAUGUGACACAUCUGAGCCACAAUGGCCGUCAGAAGGUGUGGCCUCUGCAAUUGACCGUUGCAAACAUACCUAGGGACGCCCGUUGGAAGGACACGAGUAGGUCACUGGUGGCUUUGCUGCCGAUGCCGGACGGGGAUCUUCCCGCAAGCGUGAAGACCGCUCUCUUCAACAAGUGCCUUGACAUUGUGUUCGAGCCUUUGAUCAGCGCCUCCUACUCGGGGGCAGCAAUGAACGACCCGAACGGGGUCGAACGUAUUGUGUACCCCCUCAUGUACGCGUACGUGUGUGACUAUCCGGAAGGUUGCAAGGUUACCGGGACAAUGCAGCAGCGGGCAGACAAGCCAUGCUCCAUGUGCGAGGUUCCGCGCGAGUUCCUAGACUGCAUGGACCGUCUGUUUAAAGUGCGCGACAUAAAGGGCCAGCGUGAGGCAAUGCAAGACCCCAAGAAGGCCCAAGACCUAGGAACACACCCUAUCGAGUGUUUCCUUUGGAAAUGGAACUUCGCGUGGACACCGUGGGGCAAUCCCUGCGGGAAACAAACUCACCCGGGGUGCUUGCCAUCAUGGAUGGAAUUAGCCGUCAUCAAGACGUUCCUGGAGUGGUACGCCGCAGCUUUUCGGGUGGAGUCUCACACCGAAGACAGCAUCGAUGCUCUUACAAAGAAGCAGCAAAACCUGUUAGCUAUUCUGAAGAGGCAGUUUCCAAAACAGACGUCCAAGUGGCAGCUGAUCAAGGUGCAUGCGCUCACGCACCUCCCUUAUGCACUAGAGACCCGGGCCGUGCCCGAAGAGUACUCUACGAACCUGUUUGAGCACAGUCAUGUUCGCUUGGUGAAGCGACCGUACCGUUCUUCGAAUCGAAGGCAAAUCAACAAGGCCAUCAUCUCAGCGGAUGAGAUAAGGCGGGCCAUGGGUGUUCUGCCGACCGCUAUUCAAGGCGACAAGAAGUACAUGACGGCUAUGGCAGAGGUGAUGCUGACCGGCAAGCCUGCAAUGACCAAGACUUCCGAUACGAUGGUGCUUGUCAACGGCCAAGGUGGCAAGCGCAAGGCGGUGGACAUAUGGGAGGCCUACUGCAAGUCCUUGCCGGAGGACAUGCCACACCUCUCUUCUGCAAUGGCUCGAUAUGGCCUGGAAUGCACGACAAUUCAGCGCCACCUCACCGACAUCCCCACCCUCCCUUCCCCCUUAGUCCAUAUCCAUCGCCCCCCCCCCCCCCCCCCCGACCUCUACAUCCACUUCAACGGCAUCAACUGCUGGGAUGUGUGGUCACCCAUCGCUGAAGCGCCUUCAGGGAUUGGCUCUGCGUUCUCACCUUUGCCCCCCUACAUGGACACACAACACACUCUGGCCCCACAUCACAAACCCCACUUCACCUCCCGUCGCCCACCGUCCCCCUUCUCCGUGCCCAGCCCACCCACAUAG